GAUAUAAUCACUAGUAUAUGAUAUCAAUGGAUUUUAAUUUGUGUAGAUGUCUCCUUUUGUGGUUUUUGUCUCCUUAUAUCAGGUCUUCUGCCUCCCAAUUAUGUGAAGGUCCUGACGGGAAAGUAUGCUGUUGGGGAUAUGUAUGGAAUGAAGCACAACAUACUUGCAUACAUUGCAUGGAUGGCUUUUACGGUAGGGACUGUUCUAUACCUUGUCCAAAACCAUUGUUUGACUUGUAUUGUCAAUCAAUAUGCACAUGCAGCAGUGAAGACUGUCACCACGUUUUCGGGUGCAGGAAAACUCCAUCAGAAGAUCAUUCAUCAUUGCACACCAUUGAAAUAUCAACCGUACCUGUAUCUGCUUCAAGCACAAUUUAUGACGAGGUUGCAACACAGGCUACACCGAAAUUUAUCAACAUCCCCAAUACGGAGAAAAUGUAUGAUGAAGAGAGUGGAGACGUAAAUGAAAGCAAAUCUACAUCUUUAAUUGCUGGUAUUAUCAGUCUUCUGGUUGUUGCGGGAAUGUUGCUGAUCGUGUACGCAAUGACGUAUUUACAUAAGGCCACGUGUAUAGUUCAAGAAUAUACAGCGAGUAAAAGCACACCUUAAAAUAAUAAAACUAACGACUUCCACAUUCAUUCAAAAUAUGACCGCAUGAAAUAUUUUAUAUGGACAUGUAUCUAAACGAGUAACAAUGCAAUAAAAGACUCAAGUUUAUAUUAUUCCAAAUUCUUAUCUCUACCGAUAACAAACAAAGCAAGAGUACCGCCAAUGGUACAUAAUACGUACAUGAAAAGCUAAUACAAGGUGUUUUUCUUACACCAUGAUUUGUAGAACUUGCCUUCAAGUAGUAUCAGCAAUCAUUAGGGUGUGACAUACUUUCUUUCAUUC